CAAAAGCCCAAGCCACAUAAAUAUGAGAUUAUUAUUUCAAUUUCUUAAUUUAUUUCUUCAUUUUUCUCCCAAAGCGAAAUAUAAAUGAGUGUUGUACUUGCUGAAAUCAACACUCGUUUCUCAAACCCUGUCGUCCACUCUCUCUCUCUAAAAAAGCAAAGAAAAUUCCCAAUCGCCGUCCCUUCUCUCUAGAAAAGAAAAAAAAUUCAAAAUCCCUCCUGCACAAAUCUGAAUGGCGUCCCCACGCGAGGAGAACGUGUACAUGGCCAAGCUGGCGGAGCAGGCGGAGCGAUACGAGGAGAUGGUGGAGUUCAUGGAGAAGGUCGUCGGCGCCGUUGACGGCGACGAGCUCUCCGUGGAGGAGCGCAACCUCCUCUCCGUCGCCUACAAGAACGUCAUAGGCGCCCGCCGCGCCUCCUGGAGGAUCAUCUCCUCCAUCGAGCAGAAGGAGGAGAGCCGCGGUAACGAGAGCCACGUGUCCGCCAUCAAGGGUUACAGAUCCAAGAUCGAGUCGGAGCUCACCAACAUCUGCGACGGCAUCCUCAGGCUCCUCGACACCAAACUCAUUGGAUCUGCCUCCAGCGGCGACUCCAAGGUCUUCUACCUGAAGAUGAAGGGCGACUAUCAUCGUUACCUGGCGGAGUUCAAGACCGGAGCCGAGAGGAAGGAGGCUGCCGAGAAUACCCUCUCCGCCUACAAGGCUGCUCAGGACAUUGCUAAUGCUGAGCUGGCACCAACUCAUCCUAUCCGACUUGGCCUGGCUCUUAACUUCUCUGUUUUCUACUACGAGAUCUUGAAUUCUCCCGACCGUGCAUGCAAUCUUGCGAAGCAGGCUUUUGACGAGGCAAUUGCUGAGCUCGAUACUCUUGGAGAGGAAUCUUACAAGGACAGCACUCUCAUCAUGCAGCUCCUCCGUGAUAACCUCACCUUGUGGACUUCCGACAUGCAGGAUGAUGCUUCUGAGGAGAUCAAAGAAGCACCAAAGCCGGACAACGAGUAGUUGAGUUUUGUGCUUUUUAGGAUUUGGGUGUUUUUUUUUUCCCCUGCUUGCUUUCUUCUUUAUAGUAAUUCGGCCUUUUUAUUUCUCGAAUCAAGAAUUGCUGCUUGCAGCAUGUAGUUACGAUUAUUAGCUUCUACUUAUCUUUGGGCGACCUCUGAUGUUAGAUGUCUUUUCAUUCACCAGUCGUUAAUUUUGAUUUUUCAUCCUUUUAUCUACCUCUUUGAAGACUGAUUGAUUUAUGCCAUGAAUUUAGGUA